CUGCCGUCGCCAUGGCCAUGGCCGCCUCGAGCGCUGACGGUUACUGGGCGAUGAGCUCGAGCGCUUCCCGGGGCAUCUCCCCGCUCCCCGGACAGUUUGACGAUGCCGAGUCCGAUCAGAGUGAUGGUAGUUGCCCUGAGCAAACAAAAGAGGCAGCGAAAAAAGUCAAGAGUCUGUAUCUGAACAACUUGGAUGAAGAGGAAACUUAUAUUGAGAGUGAUGAUGGUGAAGACUGGGACUGGGAUGAUUGUGAUGGAGACCUCACCAAGCGCUACACUGCUUCCAGAGGUUACAACCAACAGGCAAAUAGGCAGACUCCCUGUAAUUCAGCAAAGAUGUCCACUCCUACAGACAAGGUUCUGAGAAAGUUUGAGCAUAAAAUUAAUCUUGAUAAACUAAAUUUUGAUGACUCUGUGAUAAACAGGGUAACAGAAAAGUCAAGGCAGAAACAUACAGACAUGUUUCGAGUUAAAGAUAAAUCUGACCGAGCCACUGUGGAGCAGGUACUAGAUCCAAGAACUCGAAUGAUUCUAUUUAAAAUGCUGAGCAGAGGAGUGAUCUCACAAAUUCAUGGAUGUAUCAGUACAGGCAAGGAGGCUAAUGUAUAUCAUGCAACUACGAACACUGGAGAAAGCAGAGCAAUUAAGAUCUACAAAACUUCAAUCUUAAUCUUUAAAGACCGUGAUAAAUAUGUUAGUGGUGAAUUCAGAUUCCGCCAUGGAUAUUGUAAGGGAAAUCCGAGAAAAAUGGUGAGGACAUGGGCAGAGAAGGAAAUGCGGAAUUUAAUCAGGUUGCAAACAGCAGAAAUACCCUGUCCAGAGCCGAUCAUGCUUAGGAGCCACGUGCUUGUUAUGGGUUUUAUUGGUAAAGAUGAUAUGCCAGCACCACUAUUGAAGAAUGCUCACUUGUCUGAAUCCAAGGCCCGUGAACUAUACCUAUUUGUUAUUCAGUACAUGCGAAGAAUGUACAAAGAUGCCAGACUGGUUCAUGCUGAUCUCAGUGAAUUUAACUUGCUGUACCACAAUGGGGGAAUUUAUAUAAUUGAUGUAUCGCAGUCAGUGGAACAUGAUCAUCCAUGUGCCUUAGAGUUUCUCCGAAAAGACUGUCUCAACAUUAAUGAAUUUUUCCGUAAACAUGGUGUUGCUGUGAUGACUGUCCGAGAACUUUUUGAAUUUGUCACAGACCCUUCAAUUAUAGAAGAUAAUCUUGAUGCUUACCUUCAGAAGGCAAUGGAAAUAGCUGCAGAAAGAACAGAAGAAGAACGAUCCAACCAGGACAAAGUAGAUGAAGAGGUGUUCAAAAAUGCCUACAUUCCUAGGACGCUGAAUGAAGUAGAACAUUAUGAACGAGAUGUCGAAAUAAUGAUGAAGCUGAAGAAAGAAGACGUGACUACAGAUAAGCAGGAAGACAAUAUUCUGUACCAGAUAGUGACAGGAAUGAAGAAAGAUUUGACUGGUGUACAACAGGUACCUGCUCUUCUUGAGAAUUCAGAAGAAACUGGAGCAAAAUCUAAUUCUGAUAACGAUAGCUCUGACUCAGAGCUUGGUUCUGAAGAAGAAGGAGAAAGGAUCCAUACGAAAGAACAUGAGCAGGAAGACAAAACGAACAAAAAGGACAGGAAAAGAAUAGUUAAAGAAGCCCAGCGAGAAAAACGAAAAAACAAAGUACCUAAACAUAUCAAAAAAAGGAAAGAGAAGGUUGCAAAAAUGAAGAAAGGGAAAGCAUAGAAAUUUGAAUAGCACUUUGUAUUAAAGCAGUUGGUGCCCCCAGAGUUUAUUGGUUGACAACCACUUGCAAGAUUAUUAAAUGAGGAAGGCCAUUUGACGCAUCUUAAGUAGAAUUUUUGUUCCCGGGUCCUGAUAAUGUGACAAAUGUUGGUGGCGUGACCCAGAGGGAGAUUUUGGAGAAGGGGCAAAUUAAGUGGCCACCUUUCGGGGGCUCCAUUCAAAUAAAGAUGGUGGGCGGGCUCCCAAGGCCAGAGGGCCAGUAGGAGGCCAGCACUUGAAGAUCAGCAGCCCCAUCAUCAGAGGUGGGUGCUGCUGGUGUGGGUAAGCAUUCUUCAACUGCUCUUUGAUUGGAAUGUUAAAAAUUCUAAUGGGGAAUAGCCUUUUGAAAUUGAGAUUAAAGUAUGUUAUUCGGUCAAAGUAGAGGGAGUUCUUUCCUCUGCCAUUGACUCUGUUGUUUUUGCUCUAGGAAUGUCUAGUGCUUUAAUGAUGUUUCCAAAGUGAAAGCAUGUCUUUCCAAAUCACUGACAUCUCUUUCCUUGGUGCACUUUUGAAAGAAAUAGAGAACAUGUCUGGAUCACAACAUGAAUGCAAGUGUAUGUGCAACAACUCAGGAGUGUGCAUCCCAUUUCCAUUAUAAAGUACGGUUUCCAUGGAGACCAAUAACCCAACUAAAGCAUUCGGCACCAUGUAAAAUACACCAUAAACAUUGACCAUAAUGGUAUGAAAUUCCCCGAGAUAACUAACAGAUGGAGGUGCCCUCUAGUUUAAAAAUAAUAAGUGGCCACAGCUGACAGAUUGUAAUUGUGGAAGGGAAAGCCUUCCCCAGCAUGCAGCUGUGAAUGUAUGCAUGCAUACAGCUGUGACCCUCUGGCAAUCACAGGGCUACGGUAGGUUUAAAUUCAGUGAGGCAUUGGUGGCUGCUGGGCAGGCCCCUUAAUUCAUUGGCCAGGUUUCAACCUUAGCAAAGGGCACAGAUACUGUCUAGGAAAUUCCAAAAAGUUGCUGUUCAGGGCUCUCAGUGGGCAGUUUAAUUGGCUACCUGCUGGCAGGCAGGUGGCCUUACCCCUCACGGUGCAGCCUCCUUCGCAAUAGCUCAGAGGCAGGACCAUGGUGGCAGACUGCCAUGUUGGCCGGUAGUAGGAAGUUGCCGGCAACCUGCUCUCCAGUCCUGCCUCAGCAUCGCCCAAAAAUUCAGCCCCUUGCUUCAUCCAUUCAGGAAGACCCUACAGCUCCCCAUAUUGUAGUGCCUAAUUUUUUCUUGAACAGCUCCUGGGUUUCCUUGUCCACCACUCUAUCUGGAAGUCCAUUCCACAAAUUGAUUACACUUGAUGUGAGGAAGAAUAUUCUGACAGCUGUCCUAAAUUUACCUUUUGCCAGUUUGAACCUAUGCUCACUUAUCUUAAUCUAGCAAUUUAAAGUAAUACAUAUCCUUGAUAUAUGACCAAACGAGAGAGUUUAUAUUUUAUCUAUGAAUUAAUGAAUGAGCAGCACAUAGUGUCAGUAUUAUGCAUGUAUAAAUAGAGGGAAUAUGAAACUAAACAAACAUUGGGAAAUAUUCAUGAAAAGUACCUAUCAGAAUUUAGCAACAAAUAUUUUAUGAUUGGCAUUUCUAGAUAGUGGUGUUGACCCUAAACAGUAGAUGUCUGUUGAAUAUAUUUUCCCCAAAAUUUAAAUUUCCUUCAUUUUUAAUGUAGUAAUGUAUUGGAAAACAUGUUCAAUCAAAAAAUAAAUGCAAUAAAGAUUGCAGGAAACAAUGUUUAGGAGCAUUGUUAUUGGGGGGGAGAGUUGAGUUCACAUUAAGCCCAAGCUGAGAGGAUGGCUGACUUUAUCCUAAAUCAAAUUAAUUUAAUGAGUUUACACUCCAUUUUUUAAGGAUGCUGGUCAAUGGCACUGAAUUUCCUAAAAUGCAGCACAAAUUGACAGCUACAUUCAGAGAGUUUGAAGGAUAGAUGAUUGGAAUGUAUAAAAAUUCUAAUGGAAAAUCACCUUUUGAAAUUGAAAUUAAAGUAUAUUAUUCAGAAAACAUAGGGGGACUUCUUUACUCUGCCUUUGACUAUGUUGCACUUGCCCUAGUGCUUUAAUGAUGUUUCCAAAGUAAAAGCAUGUCUUUCCAAAUCACUGACAUCUUUUUCCUUGGUGCACCUUUAAAACAUAUAGAGAAUACGUUGUUCCAAAUUGUUUUGAAUAAUCAAGACUCAUUAUUAAUAUUUAAUAUUAUGUAUUCAGUUUUUUCUCCCAUUGUUAAAGAUGUCUUAUGGUGUCAUUGCCAUUAUGGUGCCUGGCCCUACAGUAAGUCUGUUAAUCACUUUCGCAAGAUUUCCAGCCACUAUAACUAGGGAAGAAUUUUUGAAGGAUGCUGGUCAAUGGCACUGAAUUUCCUGAAAUGCAACACAAAUUGACAGCCAUAUUCAGUGAGCUUAAAGGAUAGAUGAUUGGAAAGUUUAAUUUUUUCAAAAUGGCUUGGUAAAUCUUGUGAUAAAAACAAAAAACUGCGGAUGCUGGAAAUCCAAAACAAAAACAGAAUU